AUGCUGAAUACACACAAUAUACACUGGCUGACUCCAUCUAAGAGGAUAUAUGAUGCUUCUGAUAUACCUAAUUUUAAGCGUUCCAUUGCGUACUACAAAAUACGUCAUACCUUAUCUGUUGUCAUAGAAAAGGUUAAAGGUUGUGAUCUUCCUCCAGGGAUUUUGGAUAAAUCGAUAGUAACUCGAAAAAUAAAUAAUAUACCUCCAUCGAAUACAACACAUAGUAGGCCUUUAGAUUUACCACCGCCGCAGGGAGAGGAAGAGGGUGAUAAAUGCAAUAUUAGCCAUUCAUCAAAUCAAACAAUUAGGGGAGAAGCUAAUGAAUCGAAUUAUGAAGGACUUUUAAGGAUUCUUGAAGUAUUAAACAGAUACAUUGAUGAAACUCCUCCUCUCAAAGGCCCAAGAAGGUUUGGAAAUCUAGCAUGUAGGGAUUGGCAUGAGAAAAUGAACACUAAAAUGAAUGAUUUAUUAAAAGAUAAUAUUAAGAUACAUAAUUCCUCAUUCAAUCUGGAAUUCGAUGGGUUUAUUAAGGAAUUGAAGUAUUACAUUGAAAACUCUUUUGGGUCAGCAAUUAGAUUGGAUUAUGGUACAGGCCAUGAAUUAUCGUUUUUAGCGUUUAUUGGGGGUUUGAUUGAUUUUAAGCUAUUGAGUUUAGAGGAAUUGACAGGAUCGGAUAUUUUGACCAUUUUUGCGAAAUAUUACGAUUUAACUCGUAGGUUAAUUCUUGUCUAUAGUUUAGAACCAGCAGGUUCACAUGGUGUGUGGGGAUUGGAUGAUCAUUAUCAUCUAAUUUAUAUUUUUGGUGCAGCACAAUUCAAUGGGGACCAAGACAAGAUCAUACCUCCAGUACAACAGAUCCUUACGAGGCCGGUUCUUGACAGAUACAAAGAAACAAACUUAUAUGUAAAUGCAAUUUCGUUUAUUCAUAAAAUAAAGCUGGGACCAUUCAAUGAACAUUCUCCAAUCAUAUUCGAUAUUCAUUCGUCUGUUUCACUUUGGUCGAAAGUUCUUUCUGGGUUAUUGAAAAUGUUCGAGGUAGAGGUAUUAGGGAAAUUUCCUGUAGUUCAGCAUUUCUGGUUUGGUAGUUCUUUGUAUCCUUGGAGAGACUUUGAAACUAAUAAAGAGUUACCUAUUUAUAAAAGAGAUGAAGAUGAAAUGGAUGAAGAUAGCCUGGGAGAUUUCUUGAAUGGGAAUACAGGAAUUAAAACAACAAAACAUAAUAUCUCAAUGACUGGAGCUCCUUGGAAUUUGAACGCAACUCAAAGACAGGACGAUUUAAACUCUACAACCUACCGAGGUCGACAACCAAGGUUAGGUAGAAAUUAA